GCCACGAUGCUAAUUAUUCCGCUGCUGCUGCUACACUUGCUGGACUUGAGCAAGCAGGACUCCGCAUCCCCGCGGCUCCCUGGGACUUUCCGAGCCACUUGCGCACAGCGGCAGGCGUGCGACUCCCGACCUCGGAGGGAUGCAGGGGGGCGAGGUGGCGUGUACGAGCACCUUGGGGGAGCACCGAGACGCAGGAAACUUUACUGCGCAACGAAAUAUCAUCUACAAAUCCACCCCAAUGGCAAGAUUGGAGGAUCAUUGGAAGAAAGCAACCCGUUCAGCAUCAUGGAAAUGACGGCAGUGGAUGUUGGUGUUGUGGCCAUAAAAGGGAUAUUCUCUGGUAGAUUCCUGGCCAUGAACGCUAGAGGACGGCUGUACGCCUCAGAUGUAUUCAACAACGAAUGCGAGUUUGUCGAGCGCAUUCAUGAGCUGGGUUACAACACGUAUGCGUCUCGCCAUCAUUCCACUGAGCAGCCCUCGCCUUCAGAGACUGCCAGCAGCAAGCGCCGGGCCAGCGCCAAGCGCCAGUGGUACGUCUCCAUCAAUGGCAAGGGACGGCCUCGGCGGGGCUUCAAAACCCGCAGCACUGACAAAGCCUCUCUGUUCCUGCCUCGAGUACUGGGAAAUAAGGACCAUGAGAUGGUGCGAAGGCUCAGGGACAGUAGGAGGUCUUCUCUUGAGCCUCAUUACCACAGACAUCAACGGACUGGCCAUAGUGGGCAACGACGACGAAGGCAUCGUGUAAGGAAAGGUUGAAACAGGCGGCCGGAUGACUGA